UGGAUCUCAGUUCGGCUGUUGGACCUGUUCAGUGAAAACAAAAUGUGACGUGGCUAAUCCUGGUGGACAAAAAGAAAGAGGAAAAACUGAACCAUUGACCUGUUUACUGGAAAACGAAAGGGCGUUUAACGUGAAGAAACAUACGUGCAAACCGAAAUAAAGAAGAUAAACCUUUCGUGUUGUUGAUUUUGGGAAGGAAACCGUUAGCAGGCUGGGCUGACGUUGACGUUAACGUCCACUGCUAGCAUCAAGACUUUGACAGGAGAAAAGGCAUGAACUAAGGCAUCAAGAUGUCAGACAGCGAAGCUACAGCAGCGGAGGGUCCAGAGGUGGUACCGGAGACCCAAGAUGCCUCUCCUGCAGAGACGGCCGACAGCUCCUCGCUGACCACGCCGGACAACUCGACUGACGUGGCGCCGACGAGGAAAGCCAGGAGGAGACCAGACGUCACGCCUGCACCCGAAGCUGAGGAGACGCCCAAAGUGGAAGAGAAGCCAGCAAAGCUACAGACCCCAAGUGAGUCCACUGUGUCUCAGGGAGGUUGGGGAUACUGGGGCAGCUGGGGCAAAUCCAUCCUAUCCACAGCUACAGCUACUGUGGCCACUGUGGGCCAAGGAAUCACUCAGGUGAUCGAGAAGGCAGAGACAUCGCUGGGAAUCCCCAGUCCGACCGAACUCUCUGCCCAAGUGGACGAAGAGAAGAAACAGCAAGGUGAAACCAGUGAGACGGACAGAGCGGCAGACGAUGGAUCGGCGGCGGCAGGAAGUGCGAUGGGCAUGCUGUCGUCCCUCACCAGCGUCGUCCAGAACACAGGUAAGACGGUGAUCACAGGCGGUCUGGAUGCUCUGGAGUUCAUCGGGAAGAAGACGAUGGAUGUGAUAGCAGAAGGCGACCCCGGCUUUAAGAAGACCAAAGGACUGAUGAUCAGGAACUCCACUCUGUCUCAGGUGUUGAGGGAGGCUAAGGAGCGCGAGGAGCUGCAGACUGCCGAUGAAGAGGUUUCAGAGUCCCACAAGAAGGCGGCCGCUCACUACGGGAUGCUGUUCGAUGAAUUUCAGGGCCUUUCACACCUCGAAGCGCUGGAGAUUCUGUCUCGAGACAGUGAGUCCAAGGUGAAGUCAGUGCUGACCACUCUAUCAGGAGAAGAGCUGCUUCAGCUCAGAGAAGAGCUGGAUGUCAUUAAGGACUCUUUCUCCCUGGUGGAGUUUGAUGAUGAGGAAGUGGAUGAGAAGAAAGACGAAGACGGCUCAGAGUUUGAGAGGGAGUUGACGGAGGCAUUGGAGGGUCUCAGUGUCACUGCCACAGCUGACAGACUCAGCAAGGCCUGUAGGAGCACCUGCAGCCAGAUCACUGACAUGAGCCGACCAGACGAGGAAGAGGAAGACAGCGCGGACAAUGUCAAGAAAAGCCUUUCUGUAGAGGACGUUCAUGCCGCAGCCAUCAGGAGUCUGGCGGAGCUCACGGCUCGAUCCAUCGAGCUGUUCCACAAACUGGCUGAGAUGAUCCUCUUCAACAACGGCAGCACAGAGGCCAGCGUCCUCUCCCAGUUAACGGUUGUCCUGUGUAAAGAGAUCUCACUGCUUUCCAAAAAGUUCACCUCCUGCUUAACGACGGCAGGGUCAAACGAGAAGGGAGACGUCCUCAACCCGCUGAUAACAGGAGUCUUUUUAGAGGCGUCCAACAGUGCGUCCUACAUCCAGGACGCUUUCCAGCUGCUGAUGCCCAUCCUGGAGAUCUCCUACAUCCAGAAGAGAGCCGAAUCCACCGAGCAGUGACCAGCUGGUGCCCCCCCCCCCCCCCCCCCCCCCCCAUUACUGCCAUGACGCUGGGACUCUGUCACAGCAGGGAACGGACAUCUAUUUAAAACCUGUUUCUUUCUUUGUUUAAUCGUCCGCGGCGGCUCUGUGCUACGUCUCGUUUUCAACUCAGGACAAAAAUCCAUUUCACACCUGGGAGGAAGAGUGUGUUUCUGUGAAAACAGUGUUAACGUUUGUUGCUCGUUUAUCUGUUCAGCACAGUCCGUGGACUCAUUAUGUCGGGGAGGUCUGGAUCUACCAGCUAAGGGAGAAACCAAAUCAUUUGUUUUAGACGUAUUGUUCUUCUUUUUACUCUAACAUGAACACUCAGUUCUUUCAAACAGCACUUCUUCUUCCUCUUAACUUCAAAAUCUCAAUUCUGCCUCAAAGAACACUUAAAAGAAACACAUACGGAUGCCAAAACCUGUUUUAAUUUGUAAAAAAAAAAGUCAAUCUCCAACACAGAUUAUUGUUUUUUCAGUUUUGGGCAACCUUAUUAUCAUCCUCAAAUCAUGAGCAGACUGGCUGGAAUAUAUAUUUGACACUACUAAUGCCUGUUUGUAGAUUUGACCCAGAUUUCUUUACAUCUGACUGUGUAUAUUCACUUGUUUUAAACCACAAUAUCUGCGUUGAAUAAGUAUUACCUGUUUUACCUCUUAAGUAUUUCCUGAGUCAGAUCACUCCCUGGCUGGAUCUGUUUCCCUUAAAGGGCCAGUGUGUAACGUGUUUAGUUCAUUAUCAAAAUCUCUGGUGCUCGUUCACAAACUUGUCCUUUUAUAUUAAUGUUCACCACCACCAUCAAUUUCAAGUAUUCCUUUUUGCUUGAACAUUUUAGAUUUGCAUUUCCAUGAACUGGGGUAGACGCUCUAUAGUCAUGCGCCAUUUUGAAAUACGUUAGCCGGUGAGGGACGUACAGGACGUACUGCUCCACCUUUUGCGUUUUUAACUGUCACAUGAUUAACUCAGAGGUGAUGCUAACCUGCUAACGGAUGUCGUCGCUUCCCGGACUCGGCAAGUUUGAAGAAGGAAACAUGGAGGACCACACGUGUUCAGGAACAGGAGUUGUCUUCUUCGCCAAGAAAAAGGAAAACUGAGAUGGAAAAGAGCAAGAGAGUAGCUUUUUAAAGCGUGAAGGCCACCGUAGCUGUAAUACACUCUCCAAAAUAUCUGUAAAUUAACAGUUGUAUGACUGUACAUUUUAACAGAAAUUGUCCCUUGUA